GCGUCGACUAGUAAAGGAGGUGGAGCGUGUGUUCAGAUUUAUUGCCAUGACCAUCCUGAUGCACCACUUAUUGAGGAUUACCAUGCUGGGGACAUGAUCUGUCCCGAAUGUGGCCUAGUGGUGGGAGACAGGGUUGUUGAUGUCGGGUCGGAGUGGAGGACAUUCAGCAAUGACAAGAAUACCAAAGACGCAUCUCGUGUUGGAGCAGCCGAGAAUCAGUUACUGGAUGGAGGAGAUCUUUCCACAAUAAUCGGCACAGGGAUGCCAGGUGGAAAGGAUUUGGUUGACGAGUUCGGGAAACCCAUGUACAGAAACAGGAGAACUAUGAAUAGCUCUGACCGAACACUGCUAAAUGCAUUCCGAGAGAUCAACCAAAUGGCUGACCGUCUUAACCUUCCCAAAAUGAUUGCAGAUCGAGGUAAUACCCUGUUCAAGCAGGUGCACGAAGGCAAAUCACUGAAAGGUCGGAGUAAUGAUGCUAUUGCCUCGGCCUGUAUGUACAUAGCUUGCAGACAGGAAGGAGUUCCAAGGACAUUCAAAGAAAUUUGUGCUGUCUCAAAAAUCUCAAAGAAGGAAAUAGGACGAGUUUUCAAGCUAAUUCUCAAGACCUUGGAGACAAAUGUGGAUCUGAUUACAACUGGUGACUUCAUGUCUAGGUUCUGUUCAAAUCUUCAACUGCCUAACCAUGUGCAGAAGGGAGCUACACACAUUGCCAGAAAAGCAGUGGAUAUGGAUCUUGUGCCAGGUCGCAGUCCCAUCUCUGUAGCUGCUGCCGCUAUAUACAUGGCUUCUCAAGCAUCAGAAGAGAAGAAGACACAGAGAGAAAUUGGAGAUAUUGCUGGAGUGGCUGAUGUAACAAUCCGACAGUCGUACAAGCUGAUGUAUCCGCAGGCACACAAACUCUUCCCAGAGGACUUCAAAUUCUUCACACCGAUUGAGCACCUCCCCACACAGUGAAGACUUGGGUUUCCAACAGAAUGGAUCUCGAUAGAUCUUAUUGUCUGUUCCGACAUGCUACCCAAACAACCACACCUGUCCAGUUAAAUGCUUUUGGCCGUUGUGGGAACAGAUCUGUAAGCCUGUUAAAAGCUAACGGAAAUCCAUGCAGUGUUAAGCUGUGGGGAAUAACACACCAACUGUAAAUAGUGCCUAAUUUAUAUGCAUAUUGAUGUCAUUGCCGCCCAGGAGGAUUUGUGGUAAUAAACUGACCCAGUGCUUGUUAACAGUUUUACCGUCUGAAUUCAAGGUCCAGCUUUUAAAAGUAAAGACAUGAUUAUGAAGUGGCGUUUAAAUUCAAACUGAUACUGUUACCUAAUGGUGUUACAGAGGUGUUAGUCUAAAUGUCAUGCAGGCCUGUAGGAACAAU